AUGAAGGUGGCUGUGAUAUACUACUCGACCUUUGGACAUAUGGUUCAAAUGGCCGAAGCAAUCAAAGAGGGUGUGGAAAAGAGUGGAAAUGCUUCAAAAGUUGAUAUUUUCCAAGUAGCAGAGACUUUGAGUGACGAAGUGUUGGCACUUAUGCAUGCACCUGCAAAAGCUACUCAUCCAAUUGCCACAAAUGACACUUUGACUGAAUACGAUGCGUUUUUAUUCGGAAUUCCAACUAGAUUCGGAACUACCCCGGCACAAUUCAGAGCUUUUUGGGACAGAACCGGUGGCUUGUGGGCCCUGGGUGCGCUUAAUGGGAAACCAGCUGGUAUGUUUAUAUCUACUGGGGGUCUCGGUGGUGGUCAAGAAAGUACAGCAAAGACGUUUCUUUCCCAAUUGGUUCACCAUGGAAUGAUUUACAUCCCAUUAGGGUACGGUGCUGCAUUUCCAUUGCUUACAAAGAUGGAUGAGGUUCAUGGUGGUUCAGCAUGGGGUGCCGGCACAUUGGCUGGUGGAGACGGUUCGAGACAACCAUCCAAGUUGGAGAAAGAUAUAGCCAUUGUACAAGGUGAGCAAUUUGGAAAGUUUGCGUUACGAUUUGUGAAGGGCGCCGGUACUACUCCCGCUUCUGGUGCUACGGCCACCGAAUCUGCUUUUAAAUCUGGUUCCAAAUCUGAGACUGCGGCCACCCCCGGUACCAAAUCCGAGGCUGCUGGCGCCGGUACCGCUGCUGAGGAAAGCAAGACUACGAAAGAAGAAUCGGAAAAGGACACGCGGGCCAAGCAGAACACACCCGCUCAACCAGAAAAGUCUCUGAAUUGCAAGUGCAUAAUAAUGUAG